AUGAAAAACAACAGUAGGCAGGUUGCUUCAUAGCAAUAAGACCUGUUAAGAAAAGAUAAUCAAAGUUUUACUCGAGAAUUGCAACCAUAACCUUUGCUUAAAUAUUAGUUAGGCCCAGGAAGCAAUAUUAUACUCAAAAACUCUAACAUAGUGAUUACUCAAAACACCAUAACCAAGGGAAUGAACUAGCCAUAAUUCCCAUUAAGUUAAUUCAUUGAAAAAGAACCUAAUUUGUUUGAAGUAAAUAGCUCCUAACAAGAUAAGCUAAAGAAAAAAGUUCAGAAUCAUCAAAGAUCUUAUUCAUUUGAGUAGAAAGCUAAAAUUUACCAGUAAAAAGUUCCCUAGUACAACACUUUUGCCCCUAAUGCAUAAACUUUCAUGCAAUAACAAAAUCAAUAAUAAAGUAACAGAAAUACUUUUAUCUAACUUUUUUAAAGGUAAUGGCUCUCGAAAUCAAGCAAGAUUUUAAAGGGUUCAGUCGACUGGAGCUGCUCAACAGUAAAAUUCAAAGAAUAAUGCGCAAUAAUUAGCGUAAAUGCUAAGUAAUUCUUACAAGCAUCAGUAGAGAAAACUUAGCUACUCUCCAAUAUUGAAGCAAUCUGUUCCUAAAAGUAAAUUCAUGUAUUAAAUUUAUUUCUAGCCAGGAAAAGAGUAAGUCAAGAGGAAAUGCUGCGAAUUCCUUAGAGAAGAGCUCAUUCAAAGACAGAUAAAUAUCAUGAUGAUGGCUUAUUAUUGCCUAAUGAGGAUUCUGUUGAUAAUUCUUCUUAACCUGGAAAUCAUUUUGGAACUCAUACUACUCAAGGUUUUAUGGUUUAAAAUUCAUUUGACAAAUAACUGCCAUCAAGAUUUUCCCCUUUGUAAUUUGCAAAUAACUCACAUAUGAAUGGUAUCAAUAAAAGAAUGGAUAGUAAGGAUUAUCAAACAAGAAAUAAUAAUCUAAUCAGACCAUCAUCUGCAACUCUUAAAAGAAAAGACCCAGCAAAGAAAAGUGAGGACUUGACAUCAAACCUAAGAUAACUUCUUUAAACUAACUAUAACUCGAAUUCUAAAAAUACUUAGGAAAAUAGCAGCAUCAAUAACAGCUACCAAUUUAAUUAGUUGAAUAAUAUCAAUUUCUAGAAUAAAAGCUUCAAUGCCAAUAACUAGCCUUCAAGAUAAGAUCAGCAAUUGUAUCAUAAUGGUAGUCUAAAUGAUGAAAUAAGAACCGAGGGCAGACCAAGUUCAGGCCUUAAAAAGACUAACCCUACCAAUUCAGAUAGUAAUGUCUAGAGAGAAAAUUCAAUGGAUAAGCAAUAGCCAUAGAAAUAAUUAGAUCUAUAAUAGCAUAGUUUCUAAACUGCUAAUCCCUCACAAAUGUACACUAAUUGUGUCACAAAAUUUGCCUUCGCUACUAAGACUGGCAUGGCUCCUUCAAAUCCUAACAAAGUAAACUAAGAUAACUGGAUCACAGUUCCUCAUUUCAAUAAUAUGAAGUUUUGCCACUUCUUCUCAGUUUGCGAUGGACAUGGCUAGUAUGGGAGAGAAGUAUCUAUGCAGCUAAAAAACAGACUACCUUAGUAUCUUGAAAAUGAAAUGAAAUAUGUAUUCUAAAGAUACGAGGAUAAGCUCAAAUAACUUAAAGUAAAUGAACUUCUUAAUACAGAUGAAAUAUGUCUAGCCUUCAAUGAUGCUUUCCUCGAUAUGAAUGAUGAGUUAUUUAAUGGAAGCAUUGAUGUUAGAUUUUCAGGAUCUACUUGCGUCAGCUUGAUUACUCUAGGCUAAAAAUUAUUUUGCUCCAAUGUUGGAGAUUCAAGAGGUAUUGUUGUAAAGAAAUUUCCAGAUGGAAGAAUGUAGGCUUUAGCUAUCAGUAGGGAUUAAAAGCCAUGCUAGAAAGAUGAAGCUGAUAGAAUCAUAAGUUGUGAUGGGAGAAUUGACUCCUUUAGAGAUCAAGAAAGAAGGCCAGUUGGACCACUUAGAGUUUGGCUCAAGCAUGAAGAUAUUCCAGGUUUAGCCAUGACUAGAUCAUUUGGAGAUGAAGUAGCUAGCAGAGUAGGAGUAAUUGCUGAGCCAGACCUUUGUAAAGAUGAUAAAUUUAUUGUGCUUGCAAGUGAUGGUGUUUGGGAGUUUUUACAAAACGAUGAUGUAGCUAAGAUAGUUAUGCCCUUCUUUGAGAAGAGAAAUGCUGAAGGAGCAGCUGAAGCUUUGGUUAGAGAAAGCUACCUAAGAUGGAAAAAAGAAGAGGAUGAUAUAGUUGAUGACAUCACUUGUGUUAUAAUUUUCCUUGAUGUAAAGUUACCUCAGCAAAGUCCAUCUGCAAAUGAUACAUAAUGA